AUGAAGGUGGACAAAGAAGAACCCCCAGAAUUCCGUGGCUCAGCAGCAGAUGCUGCCUCAAACAAGGUGGAAGAAAAGCAGCAGGGCACUGUGCAGGUUCUAGAGGAGGUCGCUCAUCUGCAGCUGCUCAGCAGCGGCAAUGGCACCGUGCAGCUUCUAGAGGAGGUCGCUCAUCUGCAGCUGCUCAGCAGCGGCAAUGGUGAGUGGACACAAUGGCAGCUGCCUCUCCUACUGUGUGUGACUGUGGCCACACCCCUCACUGGGACUGUGGCCACACCCCCCACUGUCACUGUGGCCACACCCCCCACUGUGACUGUGGCCACACCCCCCACUGUGACUGUGGCCACACCCCCCACUGUGACUGUGGCCACACCCCCCACUGUGACUGUGGCCACACCCCCCACUGUGACUGUGGCCACACCCCUCACUGGGACUGUGGCCACACCCCUCACUGUGAUUGUGGCCACACCCCUCACUGUGACUGUGGCCACACCCCUCACUGUGACUGUGGCCACACCCCUCACUGUCACUGUGGCCACACCCCUCACUGUCACUGUGGCCACACCCCUCACUGUGACUGUGGCCACACCCCUCACUGUGAUUGUGGCCACACCCCCCACUGUGACUGUGGACACACCCCCCACUGUGACUGUGGCCACACCCCUCACUGUGACUGUGGCCACACCCCUCACUGUGACUGUGGCCACACCCCUCACUGUGAUUGUGGCCACACCCCUCACUGUGACUGUGGCCACACCCCUCACUGUGACUGUGGCCACACCCCUCACUGUGGCCACACCCCUCACUGUGACUGUGGCCACACCCCUCACUGUGACUGUGGCCACACCCCUCACUGUGACUGUGGCCACACCCCCCACUGUGACUGUGGCCACACCCCUCACUGUCACUGUGGCCACACCCCUCACUGUGGCCACACCCCUCACUGUCACUGUGGCCACACCCCUCACUGUCACUGUGGCCACACCCCUCACUGUCACUGUGGCCACACCCCUCACUGUCACUGUGGCCACACCCCUCACUGUCACUGUGGCCACACCCCUCACAGUGGUCACAAACCCCACUGUGGCCACACCCCUCACUGUCACUGUGGCCACACCCCUCACUGUCACUGUGGCCACACCCCUCACUGUCACUGUGGCCACACCCCUCACUGUGACUGUGGCCACACCCCUCACUGUGACUGUGGCCACACCCCUCACUGUGGCCACACCCCUCACUGUCACUGUGACCACACCCCUCACUGUGACUGUGACCACACCCCUCACUGUCACUGUGGCCACACCCCUCACUGUCACUGUGACCACACCCCUCACUGUCACUGUGGCCACACCCCUCACUGUGACUGUGGCCACACCCCUCACUGUGACUAUGGCCACACCCCUCACUGUGACUAUGGCCACACCCCUCACUGUGACUGUGACCACACCCCUCACUGGCACUGUGGCCACACCCCUCACUGUCACUGUGGCCACACCCCUCACUGUGACUAUAGCCACACCCCUCACUGUGGUCACAAACCCCACUGUGACCACACCCCCCACUGUGACUGUGGCCACACCCCUCACUGUGACUAUGGCCACACCCCUCACUGUCACUGUGGCCACACCCCUCACUGUCACUGUGGCCACACCCCUCACUGUCACUGUGGCCACACCCCUCACUGUCACUAUGACCACACCCCUCACUGUGGUCACAAACCCCACUGUGACCACACCCCUCACUGUGACUGUGGCCACACACCCCACUGUGACUGUGGCCACACCCCUCACUCCCAGCCCACAGGUCAUUAACCGGUCCCCUGUGUCCCUGAAGCCAGCUCCCAGCAUCCUGAGAUUCUGUAGCGGUGCUUAUGACUUGUGA